AUGGUUGGUAAUGGUCGUUCAUAUCCUAGUGAUCUAGAUGUUAAGAAAUCUGAAACACAAAGUAGCAAACGAGCCCCAACCACGAAACCUCCCUUUACAUUAGCAGAUAUCAAGAAAGCCAUACCUCCUCACUGUUUCGAAAGAUCUUUGAUUCGAUCCUUUUCAUAUAUUGUGUAUGACCUCACCCUAGUCUGGAUCUUGUACUACCUCGCCACAACUUAUAUUCCACUGCUCCCUCACCCUCUUCCUUACCUUGCAUGGCCGGUUUACUGGUUCGUUCAAGGUUGUGUGUUCAUCGGAAUUUGGGUUAUUGGUCAUGAAUGUGGUCACCAUGCCUUCAGUGACUAUGUAUGGGUCGACGAUUGUAUAGGGUUUGUUAUACACUCAUGCCUUCUAACGCCUUACUUUUCUUGGAAAAUAAGCCACCGUCGUCACCAUUCUAAUACUGGUUCUUUUGACCGUGACGAAGUAUAUGUCCCAAAGACAAAAUCAAAACUCGGUUCUUCGGCGUUUUACCUCGACAAUCCAAUAGGUCGAACGUUAACCCUUGCUGUCAAACUCAGUCUCGGAUGGUAUAUCUACUUGUCCAUCAAUGCUGCCGGAAGACCUUAUGAUAAAUUCGCAAGCCACUAUGAUCCAAGAAGCCCUAUUUUCUCUGAUAACGAGCGAGUCCUGAUCCUCAUCACUGACAUCGGACUUGUCAGCUUUUCUUGGUUGCUGUAUAAAAUGGCGACAUUUGCAGGGUUCGCUAAUGUUUUUUGUGUCUACGGAGGUGCGUUGAUGGUCAUGAACGCGUUUCUUGUUACCAUCACAUACCUUCAACACACUCACCCGUCUUUGCCCCGCUACGACGACUCUCAAUGGAACUGGAUGAAUGGUGCUUUCUCAACAAUGGAUAGGGAUUACGGAAUUCUAAACAAGGUGUUCCAUAACGUUACUGACACACAUGUCGUACACCAUUUGUUCUCUUACAUUCCUCAUUAUCAUGCCAUGGAAGCCACCAAAGCGAUCAGGCCAAUUGUGGGAGAGUUUUAUCAAAAAGAUAGCACUCCAUUUUUCAUGGCGUUAUGGAGAGAAUCCAAGAACUGUCUGUUUGUUGAGCCGGAUGAGGGUGAUGAGAAGAACAAAGGUAUCUACUGGUACAGAAGUCAGUACUGA